AUCGUCAUCAUGUCUUACGACCGGGUAGAGAAAAAAGCAGAACAACUAAUCCAGACCUGCAUUUAUAUACAAGCCACGACAGGAGACGAAAAUGCCCUGGUUAUAGCCAACCUGGCGAAAGAACUUACUCCCAAGUUCUCUGCUGCUGGCUUUUUCGACAUCAACCAGCAGCUUCUGCCUACGUUUUUCUCCAAUUUGUCCACGUACUUGAUUAUUAUUCUACAGUUUAAGAUGUCUUCACUUUAGUUCAAUUAUUUGUAAUUAUCGAUUUUAGGUAUCAAAUAAUAUUAUAAAUCAACAUAAAUGAAAAUAUGUGGCCGUUUACCAAAAGCUGAUAUGUCCACUUUUUGUGAUUUGCACUUUUUUAUGCCAGCUGAUACUGUGUGAUUAUAUGCUCCGUCUGCCCAAAGCGGAUAAAUGUCCAGUUAG